UAAAAAUUCUACUUCCGCCACUGAAUACCAGUAUAUAUCUAUGUCAUAGUAUAUUCUAUGUAUAAUAUGUGAUGAUUUCCCUAUUUUUACCUUCCCUUCAUUCUCCUUGUCUCCUCUCUUUCUUCUUGUUAUAAUACUUCUUCAACUUCACCAAGGACUUCAACAUGGUGCUAGCUACAUCCUCUGAGAAAAUACGAGAUAUUGAGCUUCCAAUUAUUGACCUUUCAUUAGAAAGAUCUGAAGUAUUAAAACAUAUAGUGAAAGCUUCGGAAGAGUUUGGUUUUUUCAAAGUUAUUAACCAUAAAGUCCCUGAAUUCAUCAUUAAAAGAAUGGAAGAUGAAAGUUACAGCUUUUUUUCCAAAACUUCCUUACAAAAACAGUGUGCUGGUCCAGCUAAUCCUUAUGGCUAUGGCUGCAAAAACAUAGGGUUUAAUGGAGAUAAUGGAGAAGUUGAAUAUUUGUUACUUCAUGCCAAUCCUUUGUCUAUUUCUCAAACGUCGAAAACUAUUUCCAGUGAUCCAAUCACGUUCAGCUCUACAGUGGAUGGUUAUGUAGCGGAAGUUAAGGAGUUGGCAUGUGAGAUAUUAGAACUGAUGGCACAAGGAUUAAGGGUCCCACACAUCUCUGUCUUCAGUAAAUUUCUCAGAGACCUUAAUUCUGACUCUCUCCUCAGGCUCAAUUACUAUCCUCCUUUGAUCACUAAUAACAUUCAUCAACUCAUUAUUCAUGAUCUUCUUGAGGAUGACAUUACGGACGCGUCACCUAUAAGCAGUGACGAAGCUAGAAUUUUCAGUAAGGAAGUUCAGACGUGUCAUCAUCGUCAUCAACAAUGUAAAAUUGGUUUUGGAGAGCAUACAGACCCUCAGAUCUUGACCGUCUUAAGAUCAAACGACGUAGGUGGUCUUCAAAUUUCACCUCAAGACGGUUUAUGGAUACCUGUCUCACCUCACCCCAAUACUGCUUUCUCUAUCUUUGUGGGCGAUACUUUACAGGCUCUGACGAACGGAAGGUUUAAGAGUGUGAGGCAUAGGGCCAUAGUAAAUUCGUGCAAAACUAGGAUGUCAAUGGUCUAUUUUGGUGCCCCAGCACCCCAUGCCAGAAUUUCUUGUCCCUCAGAGUUGGUCACACCACACAAAUCUUAUCUCUAUAGGCCUUUCACUUGGGCUGAGUAUAAAAAAGCUACUUAUUCAAGAAAACUUGGGGACACUCGUCUUCAAUGUUUCAGGGUACAAUCAGAUAAUUCUGAUGAAAUUUUAAGUGAAUAAUCCUACUCUAUAUUGCUCGAAUUCUUUAAAAAUGUUAUUGGGUACGUGUCGGAUUCUCCAAAAAAAAUAUAACUACAAUAAUAUUUUUGAAAAAUCGAAGCAACAUAGAUCCCGCUUUUACAAAGAAUGUGGCUUGAAGGGGUUCUAUAAUCCCCAAAGGGGAGUUUUGCACCCUCCCAUUCCCUCUAUUUAUUUUUUUUGCCUACUAUAGGAUUAACUAGGGAAAGUGUUAAAUAAAAAGUGUAUGUUGGUUUUUUUUUCUUGUAAU